AUGGAACCCAACACAACAAGCACAUACAUCCACGGUCCGGCAAAAGGCCAUACCCACGCAUACACCGUCAUUUUCUUACACGGCCGAGACAGCAACGCCCAAGAGUUUGCCGAGGAGCUAUUUGAGAGUGAAGCCAGCACCGGCUCGACCAGCCAGCCAGGCCGCAGCGACUCGGCCACUCCACCAGACCGCACCUUGCCUGGCCUGCUUCCCGCCGUUCGCUGGGUUUUUCCAGCCGCACCCAUCUUACACUCACAGCGCUUCGACACGGACCUGUCGCAGUGGUUUGACAUGUGGGCUGUUGAAGACCCCGGAUUGAGGAGCGAGAUCCAGCGCAGCGGCUUGCACCGCAGCGUCCAGACGGUGCUCGCAAUCAUCGACGACGAGGAGAAGCUCAUUUCGAGGGGCAAAAUAUUUCUCUGCGGAAUCAGUCAAGGAUUUGCCACCGCGCUGUCUGUUUUAUUUGCCCAAGGCCAGGGAGGGUUUGCCGGCGUCAUUGGCUUGUGCAGCUGGCUCCCUUUCUCGUCCCAAGUCGAGGCCGCCAUCACCAAGCACAACUCGGAGGCUUCACUCUUCUCCGCGGUCCAAGGCUUAUAUCGUCCCGAGACCGAGACAUUCAUAGCAGAGCCGCUGCCCAGCCAGAUUAAAGACACACCUGUAUUGCUAGAGCACGCAUCAGACGAUGACGUUGUCCCGAUUGCAAAUGGUCAACGCAUGAAGAAUGUCUUGACGGCUCUUGGACUCAACGUGAAGUGGCACGAGUACAAGGAUGGCGGACACUGGGUCAACGAACCGCAAGGCGUAGACGACAUUGUCGCAUUUAUAAGAGCAAAUCUAAAGUAG